UCGAGUACUUAAAGAACGACUUAACUUGCGUCUUCUUCGCCGCCAUAUUUGUUUCAUUGUUUUUGGUUGAAAGUGAAGCGAGGAAAAUUACGUCAAAUACUGCUAAAAUCGUUUGAGAAAGCACAAUGAGUGCUGAAUCAAAUGAUACAUCAGGUGGGGAUGGAGUAGUUAACGUACUGGACGAUAUUUUGGAAGGCCACACGGGAGACGAUGAUCUAAGUGCUGAAAUCGUUGAGGAGGAAAAAGAGGAACCCGAAAAGCCUAUUCAAGUGAAAAAGGCUCGCACACCAGCCACCAGAAAGAAGAAAAAAGCACAGUCUGCAGCUGCAAAGCGUUUAGCUGCUCAGAAAGCAGCAGAGAAAAAGGCUAAAGAAGCAGACGAAGAAGCAAAAGAGGAUGAGGAAGUAGAAGAGGGGACCAAAGUCAAAGAGGAGCCUGAAGAACAGGAGCAGCAGGCAGGAGAUGAGACCCCAGACAAGCCAGCUGAAGAAACACCAGUUAAAGAAUCGCCCAAGAAGAAAGCCAUGACCAAGUCUAAAGGUUCUGUGAAGGCAAAGACAAAGUCUCCAAAGGUUAUUAAAUCUCCAAAGAAGAAAGUGACGACUGAAAAUGUCUCACAAGAUGAAGAAAAUGAGUCCAUGGAAGGGGACAAGACACAAGAAGAGGGAGAGGCAGAACCCCGCCCUGUCCCAGAGCCAAUGGACGCUCAGGAUUAUGACACUCGCAGCGAGGCAGGCUCCAGUGAUGGCAGCUUGAACAAUGAAGAGGAAUCAGGGGAAUCUGGGUUGGAUGAUGAAGAAGAAAGUUCCAUUCCAGAAAAGAAAAAGCGAAAGACUAGAGACAUUUCUCCCAUUGAGUGGGAUAGAAAAAGUGAAGGGAAGAGCGAAGAGGAGGAAGGAGAGGAAGAAGAUGCUAAAAGCGAUGAUAAUAAGAGUGAGAAAUCAGAAGACUCAACUGCCAGAAAAAUAAGCUCUAAAAUGAAGUACAUAUACCGUGGAGCUCGGUAUUUUUUGAUCAAAAGUAACAAUCAUGAAAAUGUGGCCCUGGCUAAAGCUAAAGGUGUGUGGUCCACACCUCCUCAGAAUGAAAUUCGCCUGAACAAUGCUUAUAAGAGCUGUGAUAAUGUGAUACUUAUAUUUUCUGUCAGAGAAAGUGGAAAGUUUCAAGGUUUUGCUCGUAUUGCUGAUGAAUCCACAAAAGAUCAUCCUCCGAUCAGAUGGGUGCUUCCCCCAGGUUUGAGUGCAAGAGCACUCAGUGGUGUUUUUAAGCUUGAUUGGAUCAACAGGAAAGAACUUGCCUUUACAAAGACUCAACAUCUUCACAAUGCGUGGAAUGACAAUAAACCAGUCAAAAUUGGAAGGGAUGGACAGGAAGUGGAACCCAGAUGUGGAGAAGCUUUGUGUAAAAUGUUUCCACCCGAUGAAAAUGUGGAUCUCUCUUCUAUUGCAAGAAAAGCUCGCAAAUCUGCUCGUACUGGAGGUGGACAUCAUCAAGAGAUCACAGAAAGAAGAGAUCGUGGGAGUUUUCGCGGGCGACAUGAUUUCAUUAGGCAUCGUCCAUCAUACAGAGAGGAUUUCUUUGACCAGGAUCGAAGAAAGAGAAACCGAGAUGAGAUGGAGCACGGUAGAGGUUUCUUCAAAGACAGAAGGAUGGACAGGUCACCUAGAUAUGGAGUUCGGAGGGAAACUUUUAUAAAUGGGUCAUACAGCGAUUACAUCAGGGAGUUCACCCACAGCAGAGCACCCCCUCCCCCUAUGCCACCUUAUGGACCACCGCCUCCAGGAUUUGCAAUGGACCCAAUGAACCCUUACGGUAGCCACUAUGAUCAGAGACCAAGAGAAUACAUGAUGACUUCCCAAGAAUUCAAUAUGGCGUCAAUCUCCCGAUCCAGAGCAGAUAAAAGAUCAUAUGAGAGGGAUGUGGAUGAUUUUCUGAGACGGACCACAGAGGGAAGUAGACGACGUCGACAUAGCAGUGGUGAUCGCGAGCGUAGUCGAGAGAGGGACCGUCAUAGACAUCGGGACCGCAGAUAAUAGCAUCAUCUAAUCAGAUCCAUUUUUGCACUGCGCAUCAUUUAUGUUGAUUUUAGUCAUCUUCUACCAUGUGAUUCUAAGUUUUGUUUUUAGAUGUUCGUUUAUAUUUGUGAAAAUAUAUAAAUGUGUUGUUUUUACCUCCUUGCUAUGAACAAGUCUCGUGUAGUAUUAAGUGCCAUUCCCUAUCAUCUAUCAAAUCCCAAAAUAUCAAUUUUAAUAUCAAAUUUUAGUAGAUUUGAUGUUUAUACUGAUGCUGAUGUUGUACUGCAAGAAUAUUCCUUCUACUUGGUAGAAACGUAGGUGUAUAUGUAAAUGUUUAUUUCUGUUUUGAAGUGUUGUUUUGAGCAAAAUGGUGAAAGAUUUCACAUUAAGCAAGGAGAUCAUUAGAGAUUCUUCAUUCUUCUUUUUUUCACUUUUAUACCAGAUCUGGAAGAUUUUCCUCUCACUAUUAGAUUUAGGAUAAUUUCAAUCAUCCCAUCUUUGCUGUCAUUUUCCAUUGAAGUCUGUGAUUAUGUUUUGGCAAUAUCUUGACAUUUCAUGGUGACAUUACUGGGUUUAGGGAGGUGAUGUGUGUUUAAGAGGAGCUUGGUUGUGUGCAUUGUAUGAUCUACAUAAUUCACAUGUAAGGGGUUCAUAAAUGAUGCAAGUUGUACUUCAUUUAUUUUGUACAAAAAUAUCUUCAUCUAUAUGUCAAAUAAAGAAUGAAAUUGUGA